GGAAAACAAAAAAGUGAGAGAGAGAUUUUAAGAGGGUUUGUGCUUCUACUUGUCGAGUUAGUUACAGAAUGAAUCACAUCAUCCGAUCAAGAUCCGUCGCUAACAACGCCCUAAGGUCCCUCCGUCAAUCUCCACCACUACUCUCCGUCCGCCACUUCAGCUCUCACGAUCAUGCUUCAAUCAGCCACCGAAUCAAUCCACCGGUGAACUGGGGCAUCCGAAUCGUGCCGGAGAAGAAGGCGUGCGUGAUCGAGCGGUUCGGCAAAUACGUAAAGACUCUCGCGUCGGGGAUUCACUUCCUCGUUCCCGGUGUGGAUCGCAUCGCUUACGUUCAUUCCCUCAAGGAGGAAGCGAUUCCCAUUGGCAAUCAGACUGCGAUCACGAAGGAUAACGUCAGCAUCCACAUCGAUGGUGUUCUUUACGUCAAGAUUGUGAAUCCACAUUUGGCGUCUUAUGGAGUUGAGAAUCCGAUAUACGCUGUUGUACAGUUGGCUCAGACUACAAUGCGUAGUGAAUUAGGGAAGAUGACUCUUGACAAGACUUUUGAGGAACGAGAUACUCUCAACGAUAAGAUUGUGGAAGCUAUCAAUCUGGCUGCAAAACAAUGGGGUCUUGAGUGCCUUCGUUAUGAGAUAAGGGACAUCAUGCCUCCUGAGGGAGUGAGGGUUGCUAUGGAAAUGCAAGCUGAAGCUGAACGUAAAAAGAGAGCUCAGAUUCUUGAGUCUGAAGGAACACGCCAGGCCCAUAUCAACAUCGCUGAUGGUAAGAAGAGCUCUGUAAUCUUGGAAUCAGAAGCUGCAAAGAUGGACCAAGUCAAUCGAGCAUCAGGUGAAGCAGAUGCAAUAUUAGCUAGAGCACAAGCAACAUCCAGGGGGCUGGCCAUGUUAUCUCAAUCACUCAAGGAAACUGGUGGAGUGGAGGCUGCGGGUUUGAGAGUUGCGGAGCAAUAUAUUCAUGCUUUCGGAAACAUUGCUAAGAAGGGUACAACUAUGUUGCUUCCGAGUUCUGCUGAAAAUCCUGCUAACAUGAUCGCUCAAGCUUUGACAAUGUACAAAAGUCUCGUCCCCAAUGGUGCCCUCCAAGAUACUUCAGCAAUAGACCCUCUCCAAAAGAGGAAUGGAAGACAUGUGAUAGAAGAAAACUAGGAACGAUAAUAAUUCUUUUUACCUGGGAACAGCUUUUUAGUAUGAUAUGAAGAGAAACUCUAAUUUCCCCUUAGGAGAUUUUGCAACAGAUUGGUUUUUAUAACAUUGGGUUUAUUCUUUUUAUACAUGAUUAUUUCAACUGCA